ACUCUCCUUAUCCCGUCCACGUCAAUCAGCGACAACAUUCGUCAAGAUGGCCAAGUCCAAGAACGCGUCCCAGCACCACCGCAGCCAGAAGGCUCACCGUAACGGUAUCAAGAAGCCCAAGACCAACCGUUACCCCUCCCUCCGUGGUGUUGACGCCAAGUUCCGCCGCAACCACCGUCACGCCCUGCACGGCACCGCCAAGGCCCUGAAGGAGCGCAAGGAGGGCAAGCGUGAGGUCGCGUAAAUGUCUUUCUGAAUGGGAAAAAAUGAAAACUGGAGAGGAAACCAGUGCGCGCAAGGACAUGGGGAUUACAAUAACGUGCGAUGAUCAAAGAACAUUCGCUGUGUCGAAUAGGCCUGGUUUCUGCUUGUUCCUUGCGCGCUAGCGUCCUGGGUUGUUUGAUAAACAAGAAUCAACAGGCUUAAAUUCGAUAUCCACGCAGCGGUGCCAGUCCCAAAGCGGGACAGCAAUUCCUCCAUCCUCCAUCUUGCUUAUUGUGGUUGACCGCUGCCACUUC